AGCCAUUCUUCUCCUCCUCUCCUCAGUUCUCAUCUUUCCUCAAUCUGCGUAUCGUCCAACGCAUCUCUCGUUCAGUUCCAGGUUUCUUUCAUUAAGUAAAACUUUCUGAACAUUGAAGUGCAACGGAGCUGGCGUUUUAUGGCUUUUCCUAUGAAGCAGUCCACCUCUCUGAUAUAGAUGUGUCCUCGUUCUGAACAUGAGAAGUUCUCAGGUAUUUCUCUGUUGAUGAACUGCCUCCACACCUGCAGUGACAAGAAAACACUGAAGAAGUGGUUUUUCAUCGACAAGACAGUAGGCUAAAUUCAGUAGCGCACUUGUCCUUGCACGAUCAUCAUAGUUCUUUCUUGACCUCAUCUCCCUAAAUUCCCAAAUGGAUUUGAGCAAUAGCUCACCUGUCAUCACCGAUCCGUUGGCAAUCAGCCAGCCCUUGUUAGGCGGCCUGCCUUCAAAUCUGAUGCAAUUUUCAGUCAUGCCCGGUGGCUACUCGAGCUCUGGCAUGAAUGUGAGCGUCAGUAGGCUCAAAAUCGAGGAAGCCCUUGUCAAUGGGCUGCUGGAUGCCAUGAAAUCCUCGUCACCACGCAGGAGGCUGAAUGUAGCCUUUGGACAGGACAAUUCAGCUGACGAAGACCCUGCUUACAGUGCCUGGAUGGCAAAAUGCCCUUCUGCUUUGACUUCCUUCAAGCAAAUUGUAGCUGGUGCACAAGGCAAGAAGAUUGCUGUGUUUCUAGACUACGACGGUACGUUGUCACCUAUUGUGGAUGAUCCUGACAAAGCAGUGAUGUCUCCUGUGAUGAGAGCUUCUGUGAGAAAUGUUGCGAAGUACUUCCCCACUGCAAUAGUCAGCGGAAGGUCCCGCAACAAGGUGUUUGAAUUUGUAAAACUGAAAGAGCUUUACUAUGCUGGAAGCCAUGGGAUGGACAUAAUGGCAUCUUCAGCAAAUUAUGAGCACAAUGCUGAAAAGUGCAAACAGGCCAGUCUCUUCCAACCUGCUAGUGAAUUUCUGCCAAUGAUCGAUGAGGUUACCGAGUCCCUCUUGCAAGUCGUCAGUGGAAUUGAUGGCGCAACUGUUGAGAACAACAAGUUUUGUGUUUCUGUACAUUACCGCAACGUUGCAGAGGAGGACUGGGAAACGGUUGCACGGCUCGUAAACGAAGUGUUGGAGGCUUUUCCUCGUCUCAAAGUAACCAAUGGGCGAAUGGUUUUAGAGGUUCGCCCGGUGAUCGACUGGGACAAAGGAAAAGCUGUCGAGUUUCUACUUCAGUCACUCGGGCUAGAUGACUCUGAAAAUGUGAUCCCCAUCUACAUUGGAGAUGACAGAACCGACGAAGACGCUUUCAAGGUACUUCGACAGAGAAAUUGCGGUUAUGGAAUACUAGUUUCACAGGUGCCCAAGGAAACUCAAGCCUUCUACUCGCUGAGAGACCCAUCUGAAGUGAUGGAGUUCCUCAAUUUCUUGGUGAGAUGGAAGAAGCACUUAAUGUGAAAAAAAAAAUUGACAGUCUGAGCAGUUUAGUUUUGCUAGUACUACUCCGGCAGAAACAACUGUAGUUUCCGAGGCAGCAAUUUUGAAGCAUUGGACGCUGUAGAUAGAUGUAAUAAGAAUAGUUGUUUCUAAGUAUCUAGUUCCAAUUCAUUCUUAUUGAUCAUUGUUCUUCUGUUAUUCUUGUUCUUCACCACUGAGAAAUUUGAUCAGUGAUGACUGUUCCGGUUUCUUGCCACUGUAACUUGUAAGUUGUAAGCAAGAAGCCAGGAAGACCUUUUGUUAA